AUGAUUUUACGGUUAUCACGGGUGCUACAGCACACGAUAUGUUUGUUAAUUGUUAUCAGGAUACACGCUGGGUAUUACGAACUUACACAGAAUGAUAUUGACACAGUGAGUGACACUAUUGAUUUUUGGUGAUAAAAGUGUAAUGAAUAUUCACCUUAUAUCUAAUUUAUAUUAAUUUAGCUAUUGAAAUUAUUUUAAAAUAAAUGGGAGUUUGUAAUAAUUCCAAUUUUUUCAGUAUUUCGACGCAGAUGCAGAAGAGCACGAAACAGUUUUGUCGCCAGAAGACUUCGCCGCAAUGUCAGAAUAUGGGCUGGAUUCAGAAGCACCAGCUGACGAUCUCUGGGACAGUGAUGCCAUGUACAAUCAUGACAAGUUCGAGGGUGAUAUUGCGAAUGAUGUAGGUGGUUUUAAAUGGCAUUUUAGGCGUUUUUAACUAAUUUUUUAAAAAAUUAUUAAUUUUUUCUCAAAAAAUUGGUUUUUAAACUAAAACUUGCACAAACCUACAAAACUAAAAAAAGCAAAAUUUCAGUUAAAUGCCUCAACCGUGACCACAUUCAUCCAAGGCGGUCCAGUCAACACCAACUCCACCAACACCCAACUCAAUGCCAUCAGAGAUCGUCGCCAGCUGUGGAAAAACGGUCGUAUCCCCUAUGCCAUAAGUUCCCAGUACAGUGCCUACAGUAGGUCAGUGAUUGCUUCAGCAAUGCAAGAGUACGCCACUCAUACCUGCAUCCAAUGGUCACCUCGUACUGCCAAUGACAAGGACUAUGUUUACAUUAUGCCGGAUCGAGGUUGCUACUCGAUGGUGGGCCGAACUGGUGGCCGACAGACAUUGUCGUUGGGUAAUGGCUGCAUUCAGAAGGGUAUUAUCAUUCACGAGAUGAUGCACGCUGUUGGGUUUUUCCACGAGCAAUCUCGGACUGACAGAGACAACUACAUCACCAUCAUGUGGAACAACAUUCAGCCAGGAAUGCAAGGCCAGUUCGAGAAGUACAGUUCAGUGACCAUCCAAACAUUGGGUGCUGAGUACGACUUCUCGUCGAUUAUGCACUAUGGGCCUAAGGCGUUUAGUCGAAACGGCAUGCCAACUAUAGUACCAAAGCGAAAGAGUAAUAUUGGUCAAAGAAGUGGCUUCUCCCAGACUGAUUCUUUCAAAAUCAACACUUUGUACGAAUGCCCUAACCGAAACACUAAAACAGUAGUACCAGUGGCUCCAGUAGCGCCGGUUUCCGCCACUCAAUCCCCGAGUGUCAUCGUACUAACCGUAGCACCACAUACUACAACACAAAUGCCUACCCUAGCCACGGCCGAACCCUAUGUUAGUACGGAAGCACCAAAAGGAACACUAGCACCAAUCCCAGCGGCCAACUGCUCCAACUCAAGACCAGACUGUGAACAAUUGGCACAACAAGGCUGGUGCCAAAGGAACCCGCCUUGGAUGAGAGAUAACUGCCCAGCUGCUUGUGGAAUGUGUGAGAAGGCGGCGGCCUGUGAAGAUCUUCGAGUGGACUGUCCGGAGCUGGUGAAGCGAAGGUACUGUAUCACGGCUCAAAACUUUUCAAAAAGUUUUUGCGCCAAAAGCUGUGGAUUCUGUUUCGCGCCGCCAACAGAGUCAGCGAGCACGCUGAUUGCGGGUUCUGGAGUUACACAACCAACUAUUGCUACACGACAGCCGUUGGUCACGUUCUGGCCUAACAAGUGAGUUUUUAAACGUAGUGAGGGGCAGUUGUAACAUAUCUUUGGGAAAUGGAACUACUUAUAACAUAUUUUAUAUUUAAAAAGGAGUAUAAUUUACUUUAUUUAAUAUUUUCGGUAACAAUCAAAAAUUUUUGUUUCCUAAAAUAACUCACACCUGAAUUUUAUAGAAAUAGCGUUCUUACAAAAGCUGUGUAACUUAUACUACUUUUUAAAUAAAGUUGUAUCUAAAAUAAAAACAUUUUGUUACCUAAAAUAACGCUCAAAAGAAUAAAUCAGUCUUUCUGAAAGGUAAUUCAAUUUAAAUCCCAUUUAAUUAUUUUAAAGGUACCUAAAAAUCAACAGAAAACUAAAAAAAACUUACCUGAAUAUCUCCGGUAACCAAAAUCGUGCUCUUUGCUUCGAUCUUCAUAUUACCCAUGAGUUUUUGUGAAAAAUUGACUUCAUAUUGUUCGGUUUGACCUAAAAAUAUUGAUUAUUAAAAAGAAAUAAUAUUUUAAAGACCAGGUAACAAUUACAUACCUAAAUAAAGUUUAAAAAAGGUAAUAAUUGGGAGAUAAAACAUGAAAACUUCUUGGAAACGAAGUUUUUUUUCAGAAAAAUAAUUAUUUUUUCGUUUUUCACAGAUUUUGGUCGUUUUUGAGAUAAAAUGUCAAGUUUUUCAAACAUUUUUCUGGUUGUUUAUGUUCUCUUGAGUAGAAUGCGUAUUAAUUUUGCUUUUGAAUAACAUGGUAGUUAGUUUUGUUUUAAAAACUAGUAAGAAAAGGCUUGUUUAAGGUCUGGUUUGUAUAAAAUAUGUUAGGCUUAACUUGUUUUGUCAAAUGCUUUGUGAUUUACCCUUCUUGGCCUCUAAAAAACUUACUAUAAUAUAACAUCCAACUUUUAAAAAAAUUUUUACAAAGUUUUUCAAUAUAAAAUCAAACUUUCUGAAAUUCCAGGCCAAGCUUGCCAGUAGCCUCAACCUCUGCUCCAUCAGUACCAUUGACGUCGUGUCGCGACAAGAAACACUUUUGUCCGCAUUGGAAGUCGGCUGGCUUCUGUUCCGGCAUCUUCCAGCCUUAUAUGCGGCAAAACUGCGCAAACUCGUGUGGAUGGUGCUGA